ACUGUCCUGCGGCCUCCGCUUAUAAAACCGUCCACACGCCCUCCCCGUCUCCAACAACGUGGGCGCGGCGGCCGGGUUCGUUCGUAUAGGGCAGGAAACUCGGCAGGAAGCAUGCUCCCGAUCAGUGGAUCUGUCUCCGCCACCGGAGGGGCGAAGGCGCGGAUGAUCACGAGCUGCAGCGGCUGCCGCGUCCUGCGCAAGGGCUGCACCGACGCCUGCACCAUCCGCCCCUGCCUGCAGUGGAUGGAGAACCCCGAGGCGCAGGCCAACGCCACCUUCUUCCUCGCCAAGUUCUACGGCCGGGCGGGGCUGCUCAACCUGAUCGCCGCCGCGCCAGACGACGCCGACUCCCGCGCGUCGGUCUUCCGCUCCCUGCUCUACGAGGCGUGCGGCCGCAUCGUCAACCCGCUGUACGGCUCCGUCGGCCUGCUCUGGUCGGGCCAGUGGCAGAAGUGCGUCGACGCCGUCGACGCCGUGCUCGUCAAGGGGGACCUCGUCGUGCAGGCCGACGCUGCGGCUGCGGCGCCGCCGCCACUCGGCGCCGCCUGCGACAUCCGCCACUUCCCCAAAGAUCCGGACGCCGCCGUCGCGGCCGACCUCCUCCGCUUCGCCCGCGCGGGAGUCAAGCGCGCCGGUUCGUCUUCCAACAACUCAUCCAAGCAGGCCAAGCUUCUUAAGGGCAACGCCGGCAAGAAACGCGCGUCGCGCAGCCCUCCUUUGGGGCAGCAACAAGAGGCGGAGGAGCUGGUGCCGGUGCCGAUGGUCGUCGAGCUUGAGCACGGCGAGGAGUCCGCGGCCAGCCACCACCACCACCUGCAGCUGCAGGGGUCGGAGGAGGACGCCGGCGCCGAGGCGGCCUCCCUCGUGAAGCAAGCUGAGGCCGCGCCGCCAGUCAGCAACCAGGUGCUGGUAGCGGAUCAGGAGGCAGAAGAGGACGUUGGGCUGGAGCUCACGCUGGGUUGAGCGACCUCCGGAUGCAGGCAUGCAGCUGCCGGCCUGAACUCUCGCCUGAUCUCACUCAACUAUAGUGAACAAAAUAGAACAAAUAGUUUUGUGGCCCAGCGGUGUCAUGGGACAAACAGCAGUCAACAACAACAGAUUUCCUAGCUUUCGCAUCGUCGUUUUUCCCCAUAUUUCCUUCCUUGUAAAAGACUGGUGGACAGGACAUGUACAUCAUGGUUUAGCGUUGUCGUAGGACUUCUUUCUUUCGUCCUGUACACAAGUGAUGAUGUACUGCCUUGUUGGCCAGAAUAUGACAAUCAUUUACCUUCAUAGCAUAAGCGAAUUCCAGCAUUGACAACCAAAA